UACCCAACAUAGUGCGAUCACACUGACUAAUGUAAUCCCUUCAUCCAAUCCGUAGGACUUUUCGGAAAAUGAUUUCCAGGAGACUAUUCUAGACAAGAGCCUGUAUUAGAUCGGACACCUUCAUCAAACAGUUGGCGUGCGUGGGACGACAAUUAAAUGGAGAAAACAAACUACAAACUUGUGCUCUCAUGCCCCUCUGGUCUCUCGCCUUCUCAGGUAUCUGUGGUUUUUGAUCCAUCUUACGAUAGAAUCGCCCAUCCUGACAUUGAAUUAGAAAACUCCAUUUCUGAGAUAUGGGAUCAGAGGGUACAGAAGAAUGCAUCUUUGUUCAAUGGGAAAAAGUUCCGGUAUGGAGGGUAUACACUGUGCAACAGAGGUGGAUCACAACAAGAUUUUCAUGUGUGUCUCCACCUUGGUUUGACAGAUUAUAGGACUUUUGUGGGAACAAACUUAAAUCCUCUUUGGGAAAAGUUCCUUGUUCCAUCAGAAGAUGACCUUAUGCAGUGUCAACACACCUCAAGUCCACUGGGUAAUGGUGCAAUUUUAGAGACAUCUGACAAGAAAAUAGUUGUGUUACAAAGAAGUUACAAUGUAGGGGAAUUUCCUGGACACGUUGUUUUCCCUGGAGGCCAUCCAGAGCCUGAAGAAGUUGGAGCAGCAUCUCAUCAGAUGGGUGAACACUUAACAAACUCAGAACACAAUAACACCAAGGUCUCUCAAGAAAUGUUCGAUAGUAUAAUUCGUGAAGUAGUUGAAGAAAUUGGAGUACCUGUGACCUCUCUUUGCAAUCCACUAUUUAUUGGUAUAUCCCGCAGGGUGUUAAACGUCAGACCAGCUGCUUUUUUCUUCAUCAAAUGUAACAUCGAGUCAAAAGAAAUUCAACGACUGUAUGCUGGGGCACAAGAUGGUUAUGAAUCAACCCAACUUUACACAGUUUCAUUGAUUGAAUUAGAAAACAUGGCAUCUAAAAUGCCUGGCUGCCAUCAAGGUGGAUUUGCUCUCUAUAAGCUGAUGUUGGAAGCUAUGAAGAAUUUCUGAUGGUUCUUCACUGCCGAACAAUGGAAUUCGUCAGCUCUUAGCCCCUCAAUAAUACUUAGCAACAGGAUUUUGACUCUCAUAAACUUGGUGUCGACAUUCCAGUUAACACUAUAACAGGAAGGCAUUUCGCUUGAUUCUGUUCUUGCAUACAUGGAUGCGACAAUGCAUGUAUCUAUAUUUGCUAUUUAAAGCUGUAGCAUGUGUAUAAAUGCCAGUUCUGUUUACAUGUGAGAGGUUAAACUUUAUUUUCCUCGCGUCAAUGUCGUUAAACAGUGUCAGUUGAAUAAGCUGGUGUUAUAUCACCUGGAAUUCUUUGA